AUGCGUGGAGAAGCUGGUCGUUCAGCAAUUUCUAUUCCUGCGAUUCCUGGAGAUACUGGGUCGUUAGGUGAACAGGGUCCUCCUGGAGUGUCUGGAUCUGCAGGUGAACCAGGUCGUCCUGGCUUAGAAGGAUCCCCUGGGCCUCAAGGACCGUCAGGUGCUAAUGGCAAGGUAGGACCACAAGGAAUUCCUGGCGAAACAGGUUCUCGUGGUGUUCAGGGUUCUCCCGGAGAGCGGGGAAUUUGUCCAAAAUAUUGUGCGUUAGAUGGCGGUGUUUUCUUUGAGGAUGGAACUCGACGUUGAUAAUUAUUUUGUUAUUUUAAUCAUACAUAUUUUAAAAAUUUAAUUUUUUCUGCUAGCAUCUUCGAAUUUAGUUUGUCAAUCAGGUCGGGGUGUUCUCCGUCC